CGUGCGAUGCAGCCAUGUCUGUGCCUCAGUGUCCAUCUCAGUCAACACACACGCUCGCACUCGGUCUCUCCCGCCGUCCUCUCUUCCCUCUCGAUGUGACAUUGACUCACAAAAACAGACAGCCAGGACACCAUCCAUGCCAUGCGAGCAAGCGAGUCCAGUGGCACAGCAGACCCACACAGCCCACACAAACACACGCAUUCAAAAACUGCCAGAACGGUCGGGGGGAGGGAGCACAGAGGGGGGCUGGGCUGAGAGGGGAGGUAGGGAGUGGUUGUUGAUAUGUGUGGUGGGUGUGUGUGUCGAAGGCAGGCGAGGCAUCCAUCCAUCCAUCCAUCCAUCCAUGCGUUAUGUGUCCCCAUGAGCAGCGAGUGCGCCCAGUCAGGGGCACAAAGGGGAGCCAGUGAGCAGCCAGCCAGCCAGCCACUUACCUAAGGGGAGAGGGAGAGGGAGAGGAGGGGGAGAAAGGCAAAACCUCACUCCCUCACGCACGCACGCACAGCCAGCGACGAAAAAGAGGGAACAGAAAACAACGAUGGAUGCAAUGCAGACACACACGCGGCGAUGCAGGGAGCAUGCCCUGACGGACGGCUUCACAGACCCUCACCACACACACACACACACAUCCCUCCCUCCCUCGGGUGAGUUCACCGACCCAUGGUCUUCUUGAUGGCCAUGAGCUGCUCGGCCUUGACGCUCGUGUUGGCCGACGAGGGAGCCGUGGACUCCGUCGAGUAGGAAUGCUCCUGCUGCUCCCACACGAUGCCCCACUCCGGCUUGAACCCCAUCAGCUCACGCACGCGCCGCUUCAGCUGGUUCUGCCGCUUGAUGGAGAGGAGGAUGGUGUCCUCGCGCUCGUCAUCAGACGGAGAUGGACUAACACACGACCCUGCAGACACACGGACACAAGUCGCAUCGCAUUGAGGACAUCUCCGCGUUGCAGUGCACAUCACAGAGCACGUGUGCGUACCGAUGGAGGCCUGGAGCUUGGCCUUGGCCAUGAAGAGGCUCUCAGCAGUCGACAUUGUCCGAUAAGAUGGCGAAUAGUCAACGAGAAACGCAGGAACGACGGCUAUCGAAAACGAUGGGACAGCGACCGAUU